ACUUGAACUUGCAGCUCAGGGGGGCUUUACCAUACCCCCGUCCCUCUCUCUUUUCAAAAAAGUCAUGAAGACCUCCGCACAGCCCGUACCGUGCGCGUCCGCUCCGUAUGAUCUAUAAUUCCUUCUUUUUUUUGGAUGUCAAACGCAUCUAUGAAGAUAUUUCCUUUGGACUCUACCUUGUGCAACGGCUCUACCAAUGUGAACUAAGCUGAAAGACACCACUAACCCGUCAUGUCUCGCCGCAAGCAAGGCAAACCGCAGCACUUGAGCAAGCGGGAGUUUUCGCCUGAGCCCCUGUCGGCUGUUGGUCCAGACGAGGACCCCCAGGACUCCCCCAGGCUGGGCCCACACCACCACGGCAGGGGGGUCCGAGACCCCCCGAAGUGGGACCAGGACCUGCUGACCUGCGGCCAGUGCCACGCCCGCUUCCCCCUGUCCGACAUCCUGCUGUUCAUCGAGCACAAGAGGAGGCAGUGCCGCGGAGGGCUGUGCUCGGACAAGCCCCUGGACCGCCCGCCCUCCGCCCCGCUAGCCUCGCCGCUCCCCGCCCCCUCGCCCCACGGACGCCUGCAGCAGCCGCGGCGCGCCGCGGCGGAGCCGGCCGUUCAGGUGUCGCCGCGCGACGAUAGGGAUUGUUUAUCGGCGCCCCCGCAAGGAAUAAUCCCCAAGCAGGAGAAUAUCACAGAUCUCUCAACAGAUGUGGAUCCGGUGGCCCAGGACCGGAUCCUCCGCUGGCGUGUGUGA